AUUCUCUAUCAUUUCCACGCUAGUCUAGCUCUUGCCAUGCUGAAAGUUGAGCGAGGUCAACCGUCGCUUAAGAUGAAAAGCGAGGAAGGCUUGCCGGUGAUUGAAGACUCGCAGGGGGAUGCCGACGAUAGUCCGGAGAACGAGCCGGCGCCAGUCUCGGAUUCCGGCCCCCUAGAUCCGCUCGCAGAUGAUUUCUGGCCGCGUCUUGAACGGAAGUCAAAGAAAUACCCAAAGCGAAACCCUCGGGACACUCCGUCAGCUUCGGAGAAAGGGAAGGAACCCGCAGAGCCUACGGUUUGUGCUGCGUGGCGCGUUCGAUGCCUGUGCAAUGGAUAUACCGGGGACAAGCCCGAAGGCACUGUUGUGAAGCACCUCGUUGUGCCCAGAGGCGGAGUGCACGAAGUCGUCCGCGACGACGAUCCCGUUGCAGACCGGUCUGUUAUGCCGGAAGCUGGCACAAGCUUUCGUGGAGCGCGGCAUGCAACAGUCUUUUCCAGGGCUGACGCGUUUGUAGAAAUUUACAAGGAGCUCUCCCAGAAAAGCGAGCUGUGCGAGCUCCACUCGUUCCUUCGUAUUUACGAGCGCCUCCUGCCCUAGGGCGGAGUUGCAUGCGGAAACUGCGGUGGUGUGCACACAGUUGGUACCACAGUGUGGCGUUGCGUUCUUUAGCCAUUAAAUGAGUGUGUAAGACUUCGCAGUGGAAUGUUUAUUGUAUUUGCGCCGCACCAGCUCCUGUUACUAGCCGAGCGCAGUGAGGUUCUGCGUGCUUAGCUGUCUCCCGCAGUGUGCGCUAGAACAAUUUGGACUUACAUGACAUUGCGUAGCCCUUGUAUGAAUUUCCUCAAAAAGGGAGAUUAUGAGGAUU